AUAUCAAAUUAUCUUUCUUUAUAUUAAUAUGUGACUCCGUGUACAUGUGGAUGGACUCAUAUUAAAAUGCUCAAACCCCUCACCUUAUAACUUUCCAUCUAAGACAUAGAGAUUCCCUCUACCCUAGCUGGGCUUCACCAUAUGAUAUAAGAAACAACAACUCUUCCAGCACCCCUUUUCUUUUGGUUCUAUCUUCUCCCUGCUCCUCAUCCCUUUCCACUCUUCAUGGCCACAAGCUCAAACCCAGAUGCCAUGGAGACUGAUACCUCACCCCUCACCAUCACCGUGGAGAGGAACCCACCCGAGCCUCGAUUGUUGGAGCUUGGCAUCAAGUCAUGGCCCAAGUGGGGUUGCCCUCCAGGGAAGUUCCCUCUUAAGUAUGAUGCCGAAGAGACAUGCUAUCUCCUCAGAGGAAAGGUGAAGGCCUACAUAAAGGGAUCCUCUGAGUGCGUGGAGUUUGGCGCCGGAGAUCUUGUGGUCUUCCCCAGGGGACUCAGUUGCACUUGGGAUGUCUCGGUAGCCGUCGAUAAACACUACAAAUUUGAUUCAUCUUAGCUCUCUCCCAUUGUUCUUCCUCCACCACCUCUACUUCUUCUUUCCCUUUCUUUUUUCUUUUAUGUCAAUGUAACCUUCCUCUUUUUAUAUUUUACGGGUUUCCAGUUAAUAUUAACUCUGGAGGUGUUUAGGUUGCGCUUCCAGUCAAAAAGAAAAAAAAAAAGAAAAAAGAAAAGCCAUUAGUCAAUGCAGGCCGCUUUCAAAGUAAUCUUAUUAAUUUAUUCCUUUCAA